AUGCUACGACGCUUCUGUUUGGAGCGAGAGGUGCCACAUCGCAUAUGUGGCAAACUCAUCGUGGCGACUUCGGAAGCACAACUGCCUGAGCUCAAAGCACUGGAGAUGAAGGCUGCCGGCAACGGGGUGAAGUUGGAGCCCUUGAGCCCGCAGCAAGUGCAGCAGAUGGAGCCGGAGGUCUACUGCGUGGAAGCUCUGCAUUCUCCCCGGACUGGUAUCGUGGACUCCCAUGCUUUCAUGCAGGCGUUGCUGGCAGAUGCCGAGGAGUAUGGUGCCACUUUGGCGUUACGCACACAGCUGCGAGGUGGCCAGGUCUACCAAGAAGGUGUGAUGGUGGAGCUUGAAUCUGUGGAUUCCGCUGAUGUCUUUACGGUAGAGGCGCAGGCAGUGGUGAAUUGCUGUGGCCUCGCGGCACCGCGGGUGGCGCGGUCCCUGGGGAUGGAGCCGGUGCCCAAAGCCUUCUACUGCCGUGGCAGCUACUAUGCCCUGCAAGGCGGCCUAAGACCCUUUUCCAGGUUGGUCUACCCAGUGCCAGAGCCGCAAACCAGCGGCUUGGGCGUGCAUGCCACCGUGGACCUUCAAGGGCAGGUGCGCUUUGGCCCUGACGUGGAGUGGUUGCCACCGGAGAUUUUGCCUGGACUAGAGGUGGACGAGGCGGCAUAUGGCUCCCACCAAGCUGCUGCCUAUCAAGUGGAUGACAAGAAGAGCGAGGCCUUCUACUCUGAGGUGCGUCGCUACUGGCCCAAGCUGCCAGAUGGCGCAUUAGUUGCUGACUACUCUGGAGUGCGCCCAAAGCUCUCGGCGCCAGGAGAGCCAGCUGCCGAUUUUCAAGUGGCUAGUUAUGGAAAGUUGGUGAAUCUGUUUGGCAUCGAAAGUCCUGGCCUCACCUCAGCCAUGAGUUUGGCGGAAGAGGUGGUGCAGCUGGUGAUGGAAGGUGGCAUCAUCGGUGAUGCAAACAAUGGGAAGCACUUUGAAGGCCAUGAUCUCUACGCCGUGGAUAACGCUUGGCCUUCUGGCCGUUGUCAUGCUCUUCCUGGUCAUCGUAAGCUGGUGGACUCGGCCUCAAUGGAUAGCAGUUCAGUGGAGGAGUUGGUUCAUCGGUUCAUCAAACAGUGCAUUUUUUUCUACUCUGAAUUCAAACUGCAGAAGAAUCAUGAAUCGCGGGCCCGGAAGGGAACGACCUGUGAGCGAACGAUUUGCUACAACAGAGACUUGCGACAUGAAUUCAACCUCAAUGACAGGCUCUGCAAGAUGAAGUACUACAACAACUGCCUCUUCCUGUCUGUCGAGAAGGAUUACAUUGCUCGAACAGGUGACCCCACCAACACGGGACGAGGCGGUUGCUGUGUUCAUGCGAAGCUGCCGGGCUUGGGUCAUCGCUACUUCAAGGAUGAGAUACAUCCUGCACUGAAGCACAGCGUGCGUGGGACUGUGGGCAUGGCAAAUGCCAUUGGCCUCAGAAAAAAAGCACUGUUUGUUGGUCCUCUGACGAUGGAUGUUGUAGUUCCCUCUAGCUGUUGA